UCCCCUUAACAACACUCCCCACCAAAAUCUUCCUCUCCUCUCGCUCGCAUUAACCGACACUGUAACUCUCUCUGCUUUUCUCCGCUGCUCUAUCUCACUCUGAUUCAUUUUCACUACACUGGUAUCCCGUUUGUUUCUCGAGAAAAAGAAAGGUCCAGAUGCUUCAACUGUAAAGCUAUACUAUCCAUUUGUUUUUUUACUCCGCACCUCGAAUGUAAUAAAGAAAUAACGCUCCGAGCCUCCGAGCUUUGCUUCUAGUUUCAGUUCACGAGUGGAGCCAUAAAAGCGGAACCAAAACAGAAAGGAAAAUGCGAGAUUUUCAUUCUAAGCUGAUAAAUAUCCGAUCCUAGUUCAUCCGAGCGAUUUUUUUAUCUGCUCAAAACCCUAGGCCCGCCCUUCAAUGCACGGAUACAGCCGCCUCGGCACCGGGCGGUCGAAUGCCGCGCCGUCUCCGCCGUCCUCUCCGCGGUUCCGCCACGGGCGGAGCAAGACCAGCGGUGGCAGGGCGUCGAAGCAGAGCUUGGUGGAGAGGAUGGUCGUCGUGCUCGUAGCGACGGUGUUUCGGCGGAGAGGCGUGCUCUUGUUGGCGCCGUUCUUGUACUUUUUGGGGAUGCUCUUGUACAUGGGCUCCGUGGGCUUCGACGUCGUUAGUUUGAAGAACACUGUUGGCGUUGUUGUGCGCAAGCGCGCGCCGACGGGCUCGGUAUAUAGGAGUCCUCAGGUGUUCGAGAAGCUCUGGCCUUUUAUGGAGCGCCAGAGCAAUGGAAGCGCCAAUGCGUUGAUGACAGCAUGGAGUUCAAAUGUGCAUCAAGCUUGGAAACCCUGUGUUGACAAGAAUAAUUCGAAAGCAGAAUUUCCAAAAUCAAAUGGUUUUCUAAUAAUUGAAGCAAAUGGUGGGUUGAACCAACAACGUUUAUCGAUAUGCGAUGCAGUUGCAGUGGCUGGAUUACUAAACGCAUCUCUUAUCAUUCCAAUUUUCCAUUUAAAUAGUGUUUGGCGAGAUUCCAGCAAGUUUGGGAACAUAUUUGAUGAAGAUUUCUUCAUAAAUGCGCUCAAAAAUCAUGUUAAUGUGGUCAAAGAGCCCCCAGAAGAUAUUCGCCAGCGGUUUGACAAUAAUAUAAGCAACAUUGUAAAUUUGAGAGUAAAAGCUUGGUCAAGUCCAGCUCACUACCUUCAAAAGGUCCUUCCAAAGCUGGUGGGACUUGGGGCUGUACGCAUUGCACCCUUCUCCAACAGAUUGGCUCAGGCAGUUCCUUCAAAUGUACAAUGGCUUAGAUGCUUAGCCAAUUAUGAAGCACUAAGGUUUUCGGAACCUAUAAGAAUGCUAGCAGAGAAGAUGGUUGAUCGGAUGGUUAAAAAUAGCUCCCAGAGUGCUGGUAAAUACGUUUCAGUGCAUCUUCGUUUUGAAGAGGAUAUGGUUGCAUUUUCAUGCUGUGAAUAUGAUGGUGGGGAGGAAGAGAAACAUGAAAUGGAUAUUGCACGAGAAAGAAGUUGGAGAGGAAAAUUCAGAAGAAGGGGUAGAGUAAUAAGGCCCGGUGCAAAUCGGGUGGAUGGAAAAUGCCCAUUAACUCCAUUGGAGGUCGGAAUGAUGCUUAGGGGCAUGGGUUUUGAUAAUACCACCUCAGUAUAUGUUGCUGCAGGAAAAAUCUAUAAAGCAGAAAAAUAUAUGGCUCCACUUAAACAGAUGUUUCCACGUUUAGAAUCGAAAGAUACAUUAGCUACUCCUGAAGAACUUGCUCCAUUUAAG